ACAAGUAAUCAUAAAGCUUUAUAAGUUCUAAAGUGAUAAUUUCACUUCCUUGAUUGUUAUUUUUCCAUCUAUAUAUAGUAACACCCCUGAUUCCUUGAAGACCUUGCUCCCAUUAUCACGAUUUCCAUGACGCCUACUGACCGAUCGAAUCACUAACAACACGAGUUUUCGAGAGCUGCAGGUUGAUGCAUACCACGUCGUUUUAUAGUAGACUUAUGCUCUUACAUGGAUAAAUAUUCUACUUCCUUUAGCGAUAUGAAGUCAGCCAUGUUCGAUUUCUGUUGAUAGGUCUAGUGUUUCUAUUGUCACCAUCCUAUCAGGCAGGGUAUAAUGUCUUAUCUUUGCUCCCUAGUAGGCCAGAUAAAAACAUAUCAGACAACACUUCAGUAGACAAGACAUCCAACAUGAUAAGGCUCUUUAUCCUGCUGACUUUGGUAGGAACGCUCAUUCAAGCGUGCCCCUCGGGAUGGAUACAACACGGGGAGCGAUGUUACUUUUUCAGCAUCGUAGUAGGGUCAUGGGCAGAUGCUGGCAGCUAUUGUCGCAAUUUCAACGGUAAACUUGCUGAGCCCACUGAACUAUCAGAUGUAGCAUUCAUAGACGGAGAAGCCAAAGACAAACAUGCAUCACAGGGCGAGUACUACUUAGGUGGAUCCGACUUCUUUGUUGAAGGCGAAUGGUUAUGGGCCAGUACAUUAAAACCAAUCACCAUUAAGCACUGGGGUUCCGGAGAACCAAACGACCGGCAGGGGGAGGAAGAUUGUUUGGCUGUGACAGUAUCUGGGUUCUGGAAUGACGUCCCCUGCACAACGUCACUUCCGUUUGUGUGUCAAAUUGACAAUGACUAUGGCCAGGGAGCUAUCGGUUAAGUACCGCAAAUUUUCGUAUCAUCUGUUAGUUUGAAUUCUCAAAAUACACUUGCAUUAACGAAAAUCCCAA